AUGAAGGAGAAUGACAUGGAUAAUGGUGUAGAUAAAUGGAUAGAUAACGAGGCUAGCCGCAGCGAUCAUCAUAAUAACAACAGUACCAACUUGAUGAAGAAAGCCAUUAUAAACAAUGAGCAAAUUGACAGAUCGCAAGACAUCGAUAAUGCUAAAGAGAUGUUAAGAAAGAUAUCAAGUGAAAGCAGUUCACGCAGAAGCUCCCUGUUGAAUAGAGAUUCAUCUCUUGUGAAUGGCAAUACAGGCAGCGGUGGUGGUACAGGCAUCAACGGAACAAGAGGGAGUUCCAAAAGCAGCAAUACUCAUUUUCAGUAUGCCUCCACGGCAUAUGGUGUAAGAAUGUUGAGCAAAGAUAUCUCGAAUACCAAAGUGGAGCUAGAUGUGGAAAACUUGAUGAUUGUCACGAAACUGAACGAUGUGUCGCUAUACUUCUUGACAAGAGAAUUGGUGGAAUGGGUAUUGGUCCAUUUCCCACGUGUGACCGUUUACGUUGACUCUGAAUUGAAGGACAGCAAAAAAUUUGCCGCUGGCGAGUUAUGCGAGGACAGCAAAUGUAGACAAUCACGGAUCAAAUACUGGACGAAGGAUUUCAUCAGGGAGCAUGACGUCUUUUUCGACUUGGUGGUGACUUUAGGUGGUGACGGUACGGUGCUCUUCGUGAGUUCCAUUUUUCAAAGACACGUACCGCCUAUCAUGUCAUUUUCGUUGGGGUCUUUAGGUUUCCUGACGAAUUUCAAGUUCGAACACUUCAGGGAGGACUUACCACGGAUAAUGAAUCAUAAAAUCAAGACUAACUUACGGUUGAGGUUAGAAUGCACUGUUUAUCGCAGACACCGUCCUGAAGUCGACCCAAACACGGGAAAGAAGAUAUGUGUGGUGGAAAAGUUAAGCACGCACCACAUUUUGAACGAAGUGACCAUUGAUCGUGGUCCGAGUCCAUUCCUGUCCAUGUUGGAAUUGUACGGGGAUGGCUCAUUAAUGACCGUGGCGCAGGCGGAUGGGUUGAUUGCUGCGACUCCAACGGGGUCGACUGCAUAUUCGUUAAGCGCCGGCGGGUCGUUAGUGUGCCCCACGGUGAACGCGAUUGCAUUAACGCCCAUUUGCCCGCAUGCGUUGAGUUUUAGACCUAUCAUCCUACCGGAGAGCAUAAACCUGAAGGUGAAAGUCUCGAUGAAAUCGAGAGCUCCAGCAUGGGCGGCCUUUGAUGGUAAGGAUAGGAUUGAAUUGCAGAAGGGAGAUUUUAUUACGAUAUGUGCCAGUCCAUAUGCCUUCCCCACGGUGGAGGCCUCGCCUGAUGAGUUUAUCAACAGCAUCAGCCGACAAUUGAACUGGAACGUGAGAGAACAACAAAAGUCCUUCACCCACAUUCUGUCGCAGAAGAAUCAAGAAAAGUACGCGCAUGAGGCAAACAAAGUCAAAGAUCAAGCGGAACCUUUGGAAGUCAUAAGAGAUAAGCUGUCGGUGAAAAUCGAUGCUAGCAAGGAGAAUGAAGGUGGUAGCGACGACGAGAGCGACGACGAGAGCGAGAACUGCGAAGCUUGCAAACUGAAGCCUUCAGGCAUAACGAAACCUUCACAAGCAAGGUUCUCGGUCUAA